AUGCUCCAGGCUGGGGAUCUGAUUAUUAUGGUGGAUGGAACAUGGCACCUUUUGGAUGGGGAACGGUCGUUCAAGAUGACACGAGAAACAGCUACUGUUACGACAUGCAGGUCUGAGAUGGUUGAGGUUGGUGGCUUGUAGAGAAGAGCUGUGGGAUGUGCAAGGAGUUUGGCAAUACGGUAAAUCUUAUUUUUAUUAUAGCAGACAGGGGGAGCAAGGGUCAAGUUGAGCGUGAGCGCCCCAGAACGUUAGGACACGAGCACUUCUCCCACGAUCGCCCUGCUUCUUUCUUCCAGUCUGUCUUCUUGUCCACACCACAUCGUCUGUACCUCAUUGCAACCAUGUCCGACGACAAGAAGAACGAAGACUACACCAUCGAGCUCGGCGAGCAAAAGUCCAAUGGAGUCUUUGCUGCCGCUCCUCCAAGGAUGCCUGCAGCUGCUCCCCAGGCCGCGCAACUGAACAGCCCUGUUAUCGCCAUUCUGUCCUACUGUGGUAGUUCGAUUCUCAUGACCACGACCAACAAAUACGUUCUGAGCGGUCUCGACUUCAACCUCAACUUUUUCCUCCUCGCCGUCCAGAGUGUUGUCUGUAUCAUUGCUAUUCAGUCAUGCAAAUCCGCCGGCAUCAUCACCUACAGGGAUUUCAACAGCGAUGAAGCAAAGAAGUGGUUCCCCAUUUCUCUCCUCCUCAUCGGCAUGAUUUACACGUCAACAAAGGCUCUGCAAUACCUCUCCAUCCCCGUCUACACCAUUUUCAAGAACUUGACCAUCAUCCUGAUCGCUUAUGGUGAGGUGAUCUGGUUCGGCGGCAAUGUCACCGGACCCGCCCUCUUCUCUUUCAGUCUCAUGGUCCUUUCCUCGGUCAUUGCUGCAUGGGCAGAUAUCCAGCAUGCUCUCACCGCCCACUCCGGCUCGGCUGCCAGCGACAAGAUCUCGACCCUCAACUCUGGCUACAUCUGGAUGGCCAUGAACUGCUUCUGCAGUGCCGCAUACGUCCUCGGCAUGCGAAAGCGCAUCAAGUUGACCAACUUCAAGGACUUUGACACCAUGUACUACAACAACCUCCUCUCCAUCCCCAUCCUCCUCAUCUGCUCCCUCUUCCUCGAGAACUGGUCGAGCGCAAACCUCGCCCUCAACUUCCCCGCCCCCCAGCGCAACUCCAUCAUCCUCGCCAUGGUCUUCUCCGGUCUCUCCUCCGUCUUCAUCUCCUACACUUCUGCCUGGUGCGUUCGUGUCACCUCAUCCACUACCUACUCCAUGGUCGGCGCCCUCAACAAGCUCCCCAUCGCCAUCUCCGGUCUCGUCUUCUUCGACGCUCCCGUCACUUUCGCCUCCGUCAGCGCCAUCGGUGUCGGUUUCGUUUCUGGUAUCGUGUACGCUCUUGCCAAGGUCUGGCAGGGCAAGGGAAACAAGCCUACUCUCCCCAUCAGCGCAAGCAGCCAGAGCAUGAAGGACAGCUUCAAGUCAUAAAAAAGCGAAAAGAUAGAUUUUCUCGACAAGCCAAAGAACUCUCCAUGCUCGAAGAGACUAGCAGCCAGAGACGUUGUGUGUCCCGAGCAAAUAACAACAGAACGAGAUGCGAAACAGAUAGACACGGCUCGAUGAUGCAACAUAUGAAGGGGAAGACAUGGCAAAAAGGGACACCUUUGCAUACCCGGCGUUAAGAGGAGCUUUUUUUUAAGAAGAAAAAGGGAGGAUGCUGUGGGCUAGUGUGUCUGUGUGUGUAUGGAUGAACCUCUUGUAGUAGAGGCAAGGAUGUAUUUUUUUUUGGAGAAACUCCUGU